AUGGCUACCAUGCUGAAGCGUGUUGACUCUGGUCAAUAUAUCACAUGCUUAGGAUUCCUGCAAGACAUUGAUCUAAUUGUGACCAAUGCAAAGGUGUACAAUGGAGAUGAUUACAAUGGAGCUAGGAUUGUCAGUAGAGGUUAUGAGCUUCGGGAUGCAGUGCAUGGAAUGUUGUCACAGAUGGACCCUGCGCUUGUCACUUACUGUGACAAGAUUGCUGCUCAAGGGGGUCCUGUACAAAUAGCAGAUGAUUUAGGGGGAUCUAUUUUCCCUUCAACCCCAGUUGUGCAGCUUGGAACAGUUACUAGAACAAGUGCCAGGCUACGCAAUGUCCAGCCUGAUGUUAAUCUGGAUCAAAGCUACGAGGCCUUGAAAAGGCAGAAGAAAAAUGCUGAUGCCACUCAUGCUGCUUCAACAGCAGAGGAUAAAUCACGGCAUCAGGGUUCAGUGCAGGCAAAGCCGCCAGAGGAAGCCGGGGCAGAUGAUAUGAAUCCUGACAGACCUGAGUCCUCUUCAGCUGAUGACAGUCGACAUGAAACUUCAGGAGGAGAAGCUUGUGGUCAUACUGAAGGGAGUGGAUCCCAAGAUGUUACAAUGUCAGAAGCCGAAGUCUCAAGCCACGUGGAUUACGUCAAGCGGCUUUUCGUGGAGCGCACAGAAAAUUAUGGCAUUCCACUGCUUGAAAGGCUCUACACUCGUAUAAUGAAGGGAAUCUUCGAAACCAAGGACAAAGGAGUCGAAGAUGAUGGCCCCAGAUACUCAAUUUUGAGGUUUUUGGUGAAAUUUGCAGAGAACACUGCAAACUUCUGAACUCAAUACCUUUUCCCCUUAAAACCAGAGGAUAAAAGAAAAAUGAAAAAUGAACCCAAAAAAAAGAAAUCUUGCAGUUAGCUGAUGUAAAGUCGGGAUUUUCUUUUCAAUGCAAAAAAAUUAGAGUGAAAGUAGUC